AUGGGUACCUUGGGAUACCCGGUUGACGUCGGCUCGCUUUGGCACUACGAUUCCACAAACGAGACCGGUUUUGUUUACUUUGGAGGCUUCUGGCUGGGACUAGGCGCAGGUAUUCUACUUCCAGGUACUGUCUGGAUUCAGACCAGCUACCCCAUCGAGUCUCGUAAGAUGCUCUAUAGCUCGAUUCAACAGUUCAUGCCUGCUUUUAGCUUGACAGUUGGCGCGCUCAUAACCUUUGGAAUUGUCAAUGGGAACCAAACCACGGGAGGUGUAUCCAGUGCGGUAUAUGCAACUUUCAUUGUCAUCACAGCCCUUCCAACAUUCACAGGCCUCUUAUUUAUCACAGACCCGAAGGAGCUGCGUCGUUCGUAUGGGUCUGGUAUCGCCCUCUUUGAGUCGGGAACCGUUUGGGGGGAGCUGAAAGGCAUUGCAGAGCUGUUCAAAGACAUAAAGCCAUCCAUCAACGCGCACUACUUCAACGUCCGCACCCGUGCUUUCAACAACAUCAUAGUCUGGAGUGUCCAGUGGAUCACGGCAGCUGCUAUGCAGCCCAUUUUGGAUAGCAAGCGUUUGAGCCGCCGGACCAGAGGCUUUUCCGUGUGUAUCUUCCUCACUUGCCUCGUGGUCGGAGACUGGGUUGGAGAGCUCGUAUGGCUUCAGGCCCAUCAGGCACCCCGUCUAAGUGACGGCCCCGGAUGGGGCUGGACAGAUGCCGACUUCACCUCCUUCAUUGUGAUUUACCUCUUCCAAGGCAUGUUGCAUCAAUUAUACUGGAUCUUCAUCCAGUGGGCGGUUGACGCGUUGUCGAAUCCACCUCACCUCUUGGCCAGAUGCUCUGGCUUAUUGAAAGCCUGUCUCGCGGGUGGCACCUGUAUUGCCUUUGGGGUUGACUCGGUUCUGCCACCUUUUGAGUAUGAAGUUGCCAGGAAUUUCGGUCUUCAAGGUUGUGCUAUGUGUAUUCUGGUUUAUAUCUGUGGCUUUAAGAGCACUGCUACCAGCUACGGAAAGGAAGAUGAUGUCAUUAUCCCUUCUUCCGAGGAUGCUACUAUUGAGGCUGCGUCGGAGGAUGUUGCUGUUAUCCCUUCUUUGAAGGAGACUGUUGCUUCUAAGCAAGAGAGAGCUAGAAAGUUCAGAGACGGCUAG